AUGGCGGUCGAUUUAGUUGGAAUCCAAACUAUCGAACACCUGAAUCGCAUCUUCCAGUUGAAGAAUCACGACUUUGCUGUGUCUUCUAAUUUCAAGCAAGCCGUCUCCGCCUUGAAGCGAAGCGGACACGCUCGCUUCCGCCGCGGACCUCCACCUUCAUCCUCCGACCAGCACGCGCCUUCUAUAUCUUCUCAAUCUGAAGAAAAACGGCCUAAAAAUCCGCCUCCGGGGGAGUCAACGACGGUGUCUAAGGAUUGUUCUUUGAAAAGAUCUGUUACAGACACCAUCUCGUCGUUUCAGUUGACGACUUCGUCUUUGGUAUCUUCUUUGGCCGGGGAAGGCCUAGAAGGAAGUGUUUCGAAUGGCAAACAGUUGUCCUCUUUAGGCAUAGUAGCACCGGCACCGUCGUUCUCAUCGAGGAAGCCGCCGCUUCCAUCUUCUCACCGAAAAAGGCACAGCACCGACCGGCCGUCUGCUACCUUGCAAGGAUCUGGAAAAGAGGACCAUUCUGCUUCUCGCACCCCUUGCCACUGUUGCAAGAGAAGGAAAACCGUAUCAAAACAGAAAACUAGAAGAAUUCCAAUAAUCGGAUCAAAAAUAGAAAGUAUACCGGCCGAUGAUUACUCAUGGAAGAAAUACGGUGAGAAGAAGGUCGACGGAUCACUCUUUCCAAGAGUAUAUUACAAGUGCAAUUCCGCAAAAGGAUGUCCGGCGAGGAAGCGCGUAGAGUUAUCUGUAACAGAUUCAAAGAUGCUUCUGGUAACAUACGACGGAGAACACCACCACCAUCACACUCCGACACCGCUUCCGGCGAGUCUCACGGCCUUAACGAUUCAGUCAAAGUGAGAGAACUCAUCACUUUGCACAUUUCUACGUUGCAAUUGGUUGAAUGAAUUCCAUUUGGCAACAAUAACUCUGCAUCAAGCACCAUCAGAAGGUUUUGUUUUUUCAGGGGACUAUGAGAAAUUGUAGCAUGAUUCUGGAAAUGAAUGCAAGGAGGAUGUUGAGUAUGGAGUAUGGAGGGUGAAAUUUGUAAAUUACGUAAAGUAGAAGGGGGUAGAGUGUAAACAUGAAAAAAGAAAGAAACAGAAGCGUCAGAUCUAGGAUGCGAUUUUGUCGAAGACCAUUUUCUUUCUUUAUUUCUUCUUUUUAUUUAAUUAUUCUCUAAAAUACAAGUUAAGAAAGAAAAAAGGUGUUUGUUGCCUUGUUGGAAUGGCAAAAGGCAACCAAUUUGAGGUAUUUUAUGUAGAAAGAAU